CCAGUGCGUGCGUCGGCUGGCAAACAAUGGGUUAAAAUUGUCCAGUCCGUGACAGCUGCUGGAGCGCAGGUUAUUAGCUAGAAACGCGAUUCCCCUCCACAUUAUGGCUGAUAUUUGUGUAAAAUAAAACCGGAGGUGUCAGGCUAAUCUUUCAUGCGAUCCACUCAUCUCCCCUCUCCUACAUGAUACAGAGGCCUUACAGCGGAGAAGAAAAACACACUCUUUUUUUUUUUUUUCUUUAGUAAACUGCCGGUCAAAUACACAGGAAUAAAUGGCAACCAGUGCCAAGAGGCCAUCCCUACAGGGUCCAGUGCCCCCUCCUCGCAAGAAGACAACUCCCAAGCCAGAGCUGACUGAGGAGCAGAAGCAGGAGAUCAGGGAGGCCUUUGAGCUGUUUGACACCGAUGGCUCUGGACACAUCGAUGUGAAGGAGCUCAAGGUUGCAAUGAGAGCUCUGGGGUUCGAACCAAAGAAGGAGGAGAUCAAGAAGAUGAUUGCAGAAGUGGAUAAGGAUGGGACGGGAAAGAUUUCCUUCGCUGACUUUCUGGCAAUCAUGACACAGAAAAUGGCUGACAAAGACUCCAAAGAGGAGAUCCUAAAAGCGUUCCGGCUGUUUGACGACGACGAAACAGGCAAGAUCUCUUUUAAAAACCUGAAGAGGGUGGCCAAAGAGCUCGGAGAAAACCUGACAGACGAGGAACUGCAGGAAAUGAUAGAUGAAGCGGACAGGGAUGGGGACGGAGAGGUGAACGAGCAGGAGUUCUUGCGCAUCAUGAAGAAAACCUGCCUGUACUGAAGGCGAUGCAGAGUCACGUCUGGACAGCGCUUUGUGUGUAAUGCUGCUCAUUCACGCAUGUAGAAAACUUUUAAUUGUUGUGUUGUGCCAUAAUUGUCACCUAAAACGUAUCAAACUGCACGGUGAUAUAUUAGAGUGGAAUAAACGUAGGACUGGAAGACGACAGGUGAAAAGCCAAAUUACCAAUCGUAUUUGAUUUAAAGUCAUAAAACUAAACAUGCUGCAGGUUUCUAAAAGGAAUAUAGAUUCACAUUGAUGCCAAAUUCAGUUGAGAUCAUUUGAAAUUUCUUAGUGCCUGCUAAAAACGAUGACAAGUACAUUCCAGUGCUUUAUUUGCUAGACGACUUUGUGGAUCAAGUUCUGCCGGGCUCUUCGUUUUUGCCCUUUUUAUGCCAAUUUUAGUGCAAUGCGGAAAACUUAACUUGGAUAAACGGGGAGUGCCGUCUCAUCCCUGCACUCCCUGUGGAUUUGUGCCUGCGCCUGAUAAAGGUGCCAUCACCACAAUCAGGGAAGAUGCUGCACAGAUCCACACACACACACACACCUUCCUCACUUGUCCCACCAGAGUGCUGAAUAUUGUACGUUUCCUAUAUAUUUGAUUCUGCUGUGGACAUUUGCUCCUCUGAAUUGUCGAGUGCUUUGCAUAUUGUGAAUUGAAGCGUGAAUACGUAGCAGAGUAGUACUUAAAAAAUAAAUAAAUAUGGUGAAGCAGUC